UUGCCGCUCGGCCAGUUAGUUCGAUUCACAAUUCAGUGGGACAGCGAACAUAUCUUCUCAGUCAUUAAGGAGGACAUACAUACAUACAACGAGUGUUCCCACCUCCGCUCCGGAUUCUGGCCCAGCUGAUCGGAUCCUUACGGGCUUUCAGAUCAAGUCUCGACCCCCGUAGCACCGAGCCAUGGGUUAGUCUGCGGGAACGGAUCAGUUUGAGAGCAACUUGCGAGGAAAUGGAGAAGGAAACGCGAACCAAAGUCUAGCUCUGAAAUGCUCGGCGACCGAGAUGAGUACGACUGAGGUCGGGAAGCUCUCCGAGUUCCUCCUGAAUGCCGUUUACAUGGGUUGGGCUAGAGGCUCAUCGACGAAUGCCUCGACGGCGGUGGAGGCCGAGUCGAUCGAACGGUACCAGCAACGUCUUCAGAUUGAGUCAAUGUUGCGACACUUGGAAACGAACAGAUCAUCAUACGAAGGAGUUUUCGCCGGAAAAGCUUUCUACGCGGUCAAUCCAUUACUCUAUUUGCUCCGAGACGGAAAUCACUCAUGGAUAUUGGAAUUUUUCUCGAACGACACAGACCGUACGCGGCCGGCCGAGUACUACAGCAACAUCACGACGGACAGCAUCUUCACACGAGACCGGAACGAGCUAAAGGAGUUCUUCCCUAUUGUUGUCGCUCUAAUGUGCACGUCCAUGAUAUUACUGCUGGCCGUGAUUCUCGUCUAUUGCGCGACACCUAAAUUGAGAACAACGCACGGGAAGAACGUAAUUACGCUAUCCGUAUGCUUCGUCAUCGUCUAUAUCGGACUUCUGAUGGACCUGGUCGCCAGAGAUCUCCUCUCACCCUCGAUUUGUCUCUCCUUAUCAAUCGUUCAUCAUGGCGUUUUCCUUGCCGUGUUCUUCUGGACGAACGUUAUGGCGUACGAUAUAUGGCAGGCAAUCGCCACCCUCACCCCGAACGGAUCGAAUCAUCCGACGCUCCGAAAAGACAAAUAUCCAUCUUAUUCAAUGUACGCGUGGUCGAUGACCUUCAUCGUAACCGCGUUCACAGUUUUGCUUCAAUUCAGCGAUCUGGUUGAAGAUUGGUACAAACCUCAUUUCGGAGAGGGCAAAUGUUGGCUAAACGGCUACUUAGCGUACGUGCUGUAUUUCAACAUGCCCGUAGGUCUCAUCCUGGCGUGCAAUGGUGUCAUCUUCGCUCUGACAGCUUGGUCAUUGUACACGGCUAAGAUGAUGCACCUGACAAACGUUUCUCAGUGUGCUCAACACCGACGAACAUUCCACCUCUACAUGAAGAUCUCGCUAAUUAUGGGUAUAAUCUGGACUUUUGAGUUCAUUCCGUGGCUUACUGGCUACCACCGGCUGUACGUUAUCGCUGGCCUGCUCAAUUGUCUCCACGGGGUUUUCCUAUUCGUAAUUUUCGUUUGUAAGCGACGAGUGAGGGAAGCUUUCUGGAGGAACUUACCAUUCACGAAAAGACGGCCUCCCGUGGCCAUCAGGGAAAUGUCGAAAGCAUCCCUGCAAACAUUGAGUAUGACACCCAGUAUCUGCACGCAGAUCACCAUCGAUUCCUCGGUGAAGAUUUGA